UGGACAGUAAUCAUAGGACGUGCUGGGACUGAGAAUAUGUUAAGAUUGUAAUUAUAUUUCCAGCUGAUCGUCAAUAUGUCCUUCAUCAGAAUAUUACCAGUUAUUGCAUUAUUUUUAAUUCAAUACACGAUUCAGUCGGAGUUAGAGCGUGAUGAUGAUUUAUCAGUGAUCGUGGUGAAGCCUCCAGCACUACGAACCAAUGAUUAUGUUACUGUAGAUGCAGUCUAUCCUACAAAAGAGGCACUGCGAAGACCUAGAGUUAAAUCAAGACACAGAAAUAAAUCAAGAAACAAUAAUAAAUCAAGAAACAAUAAUAAAUCCAGAAAUAAGAAGGGUCCGCGUCCAUCACGACCAUCCACGCACGAGUUAUCUCCCCCCAACUUGGAUGUUAUACCUGACAUCGUCAAUGCUUUCAGUAAAUCUGACAGUGCAGAAGAGGAUCCCGUGGUUGUGCUCCUAUUCUCCAACAGCGUCUUCGAUAACAUCAGUGGUGGCCACAUAAAUUUCGAUGGAAACACCAAAGUCAACAUCGACCAAAAAGAUCAAACGUCCAGAAGGCUGAAAUAAGAUUCGAGUCCACAAUCACCGAAAGGUUUAACAUCAAUAAGGCAAAUGAUAAAUAAUCUUUUAGCUUAAUUUGUGUUAUUAAUUAAUCAAGUUGUCCGAAAACCUUCCUCAAUUCUUCCUCUUAGUUAAUAAAAUAUUAAAUCUUAAUUCUA